UAUUAGAGAGAGAGAGUGUGUGUGUGUGUGUGUGAACACUGUUCUUGUUUGUGUGUUUUUGCGGGUUAUAAAAUCAUAUCGGUUCCAUGGUCAAAUCAAAAUCCGGGUUAGUCCACUUUGAACUACAUUGUGGAAAUCCCAAUUGGUUGUUGUUUUGCUCUUCUUUAAUUUCGGAAUACCUAUCAUUUGUCUGAUUUUUAUCAUCACACGCAGAAAGUCGUAUAUUCAAGUAAAUUGCAAUUUCCCCCUAAGUUGUUGGUGAAAUAAAAGUGUUAUUUCUUGCUGCCUGAUAUAAAUUUUAUUGAGUGAACCAUGGGUAAAGAAUUUGAAGAACUGAGGGAACAGAUCAAGGACAAAUCAGUGGAUCCAGCGAAGUACCUUCCUCAGAUAAUUGAAGAAAUUAAAAAAGAUGACAGUGAAAUCGUCAACGAAUGCAAGUAUGAACUCAGGGACGACGUGAUCGACCGAGUCAAGGCAGCGAAAAACAAGCAUGAGAAAUUGAUGAUUGAACUAUGCAUCGAAUACAUGAAGAAAAAGAAACAGAAAUACUACCAACUUGCCAAGAAUAUAUUUGAUGAGAAAAACGUUGUCAAGUGGAAGGGUCACGAGGAUGCUAUAGAGCAGAUGACUAAAAUUCUAGCAGAACCUAUAGAAUGGGAACCUACUGACAGGGAGAAGAAGGACGAAGAGAAGCAUGUUUCUUGGGCCAACUCAGGACGCGCCCUGAAGGAUGUUGUUGAGGAAAUGAUCAAAGCCUGCAGCCGUGACAAGAUCAUUAAGAAAGUGGCGCCAUCUUUCAUUCGACUGGUACAAUCAGCAAUCAUGAGUGGUUCAGAUAUGCACAUUGUGGUGGCUAUCGCCAUAGUGGAAACAAGCGAGAUGGCCUGGGAGGGCCAAGAAAAGUUGAUUCCAGACGUUCUAGAUGCCUUUGACAAGUGGCUUAGAGGAGAUGACAUCGACUUUGAAACAAACCGCGAUCACAGAGAUUUCGCAGGGUCUAUCACCGGUUGGGGCAUCCUUGAAAAUGCAGGGAAAGCGAGCGUCCCACAGCUGAACAGUCUCAUGGAAUAUUGCCUGGGUCAAGAGCUUGAAGGCGAGCAACAGCCUCUCUCGGUGCAUGGAAAUAUUCUUCGGAACAUCAUCACCAAUUUUAUCAUGAGGAACACCGACAAGGUCAAAGUCUUCAAAGACCUCUUGCCAUACGUGGUGAAGCUGCUCUCCUGUGACGUCAGUGAAUUAGAGAACAUGGCUGGGUACGCCUUAGGGUCUGUCUACCAGAAUGGGGAACUGUUGGCACCUUAUGGUGAUGGAAUAGCAGAUGCUUAUCUGGAUGAUAAAUGCGAAGGGACAACAGUUGGAAUGUCACUGAAAAGUAUAUUCCAGUACAAACCGGAAGUGGUCCUUACCAGAAUAGAUCGGAUUUUCGAGAAGAUGGAAGACAUGGGAAGCAGUGACAAGACCUAUCUCUACAUGCUGCUCGAUGACGUUGCCAAGAAAAACUCAGAAGUGUUAGUGCCUCAUAUUGACAUGAUGUUUGAAGACGUCUGUGACACCACUCUGGCAAGUAUGUCUUUCAUGACUCUUGCACAGUUAUCCCUUGAUCAUGCCAAACACUUCGUCAAGCACAUAGAUAGGUGUCUGAAAGCAUGGGAUCUGAUCCCAUAUACUGUAUCCUCUGCCUGCAAGACGAUUGCCAGCAUUGGCCGAGUUAAUAAGGAACUAGCAGAGAGAUGUUUGAAGAUCUUCUUUGAGAGAUUGGAGACAAUUGAUCCCAUGUGGAUCAGCGUCAUCUUAAUGGAGAUGAAAAGGAUAGGCCAGGCUUACAAAGAAUGUCUAGCCGUGUAUCGACCACAGAUUGAGAAACUCAAGACAUGUCAACAGAUGGGUGUGCCAGACAUGGUCCAGUCCAUGCUAGAUUUCCUUGAUGACAGAAGUCUUCAGGGCCUCAGUGAGGAAGUCGCAGAGCAACGAGAGGACAUCGACAACUUGGAUUCUCGAGUGACGAACAACGAAAACGAAAUUACGAGAAUCGACGAGACGGUGGCGCAACAGGGUGACGAGAUCCAGAACGUGAAGAACGAAGUUAACGAGCAGGGCGAGAGGCUUGAUGAGCUGAAAGAAGUUGUGGAUGAGACUGUUGAAAAGGUUGAAGAGAUUGACCACAAGACUAUAACUAAUGCCCCGAAAUGGUCACGUGACGUAUCAAAGCUGUUGAACCCAGAGCACGAACAUGACUGGAGAUUCUUGGCAGUUCGUCUUGGCUACUCGGGUGAAGAUAUCCGUAACUGGGCCCUAUCACCAGACCCUACCAUGGCUAUCCUGGCUGAAUGGUACACAACUCACAAGAGCAGCGAUGCUACCUACGCCAUACUCAGUGCCCUAGAAGACAUGGGCAGGACCGAUGCUGCAGAAAUCAUCACGCAGUCAUUAGAAGAAGCAGAACUGCUCGUGCCUCAGGCGCCACCGGAUGAGUCGGAGAAACCUCCGACAGUAUUCCUCAGCUAUCAAUGGGAUCAUCAGCCAGAGGUGAAAGCCAUCAGAAAGCAUCUUGAGAUGGCCGGGUUUCCCUGCUGGAUGGACAUAGGUCAGAUGGGUGGAGGAGAUCAGUUGUUCGCCAAGAUCAGCCAGGGGAUGCGGACAUCCAAGGUGGUACUGUGUAUGGUGACCGAGAAAUACUCUAACUCAGAGAAUUGCAAUAAAGAGGUGAACCUUGCCAACCUGUUGAACAAACCAAUCAUCCCUAUUCUUAUCGACCAGACUCAGUGGCCGCCCCAAGGUGCCAUGAGUAUGUUAUUUGCGCAGCUUUUAUACAUCCAGUUUUACAACAACAAGGAAUACGUGAGAGGAGAGAAAUUCUGGGAGGACGCCAAGUUCUCAGAACUUUUGGGACAGAUAUCUUAUCAUGCGAAUCCUGAUGAAAGCAUGAUAUCUGAUGAAUACCGUGACUGGAUUCCACAAGUUGAGGACAAACCGGUCACUGUUAAAAAGGUAUCUGAAGAGUCCAAGGGUGCACCUGCCCAGCAGAACCAACCUGUGGAAUCCACCGAAGCUCCGUCUGUAUUUAUCUCCUACCAAUGGGGCAAGCAGCCCGAGAUUAAAAGAUUGUUCUCGCGUCUCACGAGCUUGGGAUACCAUUGCUGGCUUGACAUCAAUCAAAUGGGUGGUGGAGAUCCACUCUACUCCAAGAUUGAUAAAGGAGUGAGAAAUGCCAAGGUUGUGGUUUCCUGUGUCACACCCAAAUACUCCCUCUCUGCCAACUGCAGACGGGAGGUCAGUCUCUCCGAUGCACUUCGUAAACCCAUCAUUCCUCUCCUGCUUGAAGAAAUGACAUGGCCACCUGAAGGACCAAUGAGCAUGACCUUUACUCAGCUCCUCUACAUUGACUUCACCAAGGAAACAACUCAGGCUUCCUUUGAUGAUGAAAAGUUCGACGAACUCAUCGAGAAGAUUAAGGAACAUGCCGAACCGACGCUUCAGCUAGUGGCUACAGAAGAACAGACUGAAACAGCGUCGACGGUUCAAGAACAAUCGUCAACACCUGCUGCGCUGGAAGAAGGGACUGUCGAGGAAAAUGAUGAGAGAAGUGCCACUCCCAAGGAAAUCCCAACAACGGAUGUAGUUCCUCCGCAGCAGAACAGUCCAGUUGAAACCAAGCCUGUUGAGGCUGUUGAGAGAAGUGCCACUCCUCAAGUUUCAGCAGCGGCAGAAGCGGUUGUUCCUCAGCAGAAAAGUCCUGCUGAAACACCGCCCACAGAACAACCGAUCCAAAGGCAGAACGAUAAGUCACCGGAAAAAACAUCUUCGCGCCCUUCAUCUGGAAAGAAAAAUAAGAAAUCCUCGACUUGUUUACUUCUUUGAUGUCGCUUUCUCAACCUCUGGGGCUGGUUUUGUGUCAACCCAAACAUGCCAAAUGUGUUUUAAUACUUGUAUUUUAUUACAACUGGUUUAGCUUUUUAAGCUAUCGCAAGAAACACGACAUUU